CUCAACUUCAGCCACCUGCUCUGUCAGCUUCCCUUGAUGUUACUCAUCGGAUGAGGCCUUCCCCCCAUCCCUGAUUCACGAUAAGUAGGCAGGUACGAUGGUACACGAUAUGCACCCCGUAGUAUCGUUGUCCGCAUCGGGAAAGACGAUUCGAGCGGAUAGGACUAUAUAGAGGACAGAAACAUCUUCAUAUUUCCUCUAGAAGCUCAAAUAAAUGCUUCGGCCUUUCAAUAUGACCAAACUCAUCACUGUUUUCGGCUCUACCGGCAACCAGGGUGGCUCAGUCGUACGAGCUAUCCUGAACCAUCCGCAGCUGAGUAAAGAGUGGAAGGUGCGCGGAGUGACGAGGAACCCAAACAAGCCUGAUGCGCAAGCCAUGGUUGCAAAAGGAGUAGAGAUGGUCGCUGCGGACCUCAACAGCAAGGACUCCAUCUUGACAGCCAUCACCGGAUCAGAUGCAGUCUUUGGCGUGACGAAUUACUGGGAAAAGGCUUCGUUCGCCCAUGAAGUCCAGCAAGGCCACAAUCUUACCGAUGCCUGCGUUGAAGCCAAAGUGCCACACCUCAUCUGGUCCUCCCUUCCCCAUGUCUCUAAGAUUACAAAAGGGAAACUGCCAAACCUACAUCACUUUGACAGCAAAGCCGUGGUGGAGGAAUACAUCAACAAAGUCGGUCAGUCGGCUUCUUUCGUACUACCCGGGUUCUUUAUGUCCAACAUCCCUGGGUCCAUCAAACCGACCUCGAAUGGCAACAGCUACACACUCUCGCAGCUCUUUCAUCCUGAUACCCAGAUACCCAUGCUGGACGUACCCACCGAUUUCGGCAAAUUUGUAACUUCCUGCCUCGCGAAGCCUGAUGACACUAUCGGGAAGCAUGUGCUAGCUGCGAGCGCGUGGGUCACGCCGCUUGAGAUUUGCGCGGCUGUUGAAAGCGUGACAGGAAAGAAGUGCGAGUUCAAGGAGAUGGAAGACAAGGAUUGGAAGGCAGGUCAGGAGUUGUUGGAGAACAUGGUCAUGAUAAAGGAGUGGGCAUACUAUGGGCCUGGAGCGGAGGAUGGUGUGAUAUGGAGCAAGAGGGUUGUCGAUGAGGUAGGUGGGUGGGACCGGUUUGGUAGUUUCGAGGGGUUUCUGGAGGGAAUGGAUUUCAAGUAGUGACCAAUGUUUUCAUCAGACAACAAGGAGAUACUCAUAGUAACAGCAGCAUAGAGUGGCUCCUGAUGUGGGUGUGAUGUCUUCAGGCGUCUCUUCGACAGCUGGCAAAGUUCCUGGGAGCUGAAUCAAACGGCAAGAGCACCGGCAAUCGAUAUGCAGCUCGCAACUUUGACAGUCCGGUUGCUCCUGCACUUUGAUGGCGCGUAAGGUGAGAUGAGAGGGG